AUGAGAGAUCUCGAAACAUCUAAGAGCUACAAAGUAGAUAAGAAGACUAACGAAGAUGAGGAAGAGUAUGAGGAAAUGAGAGACAGGACUAAGAAAAACAAGCCAGAAGGAAAGAGGAAAAACAUCAACAACGAGAUUCUUGGAGCGCUGAUAUACAGAAAGAUUCUAAGAGACUACGGGAUAAAGCAAAAGAAAACCAACAAGAAUAGCAAGCCAACGAAGUCAAGGGAUGUCAUCUAUCUUGUAGUGAUUGUUUUUGUGAUUGCAUAUGUGAUAUAUAAAGUGAUCAGCUCGGGAGACAGAUACAGCGAGCAGCCCGAUAAGGGGAGGGAGGAGAAGACAGAGAGCGGAGAAAGGCCCUCGUUCCAAGAGGGAUCGUCAUUUGAGAAUGUUUCCUAUUUUGGAAAGGAGGAUUUGAUGAUACACGUGAUUUCGCAGGUGACUAAGAUAGUCAACCUCCUGAGGACCACUCCGGAAAAGGACCUUCACAAGAGUAUAGAAACAACACAGAGGAACUUCUUGUUCCACGGACCUCCCGGGACGGGCAAGACCCUUUUCAUGAAGAAGCUGAUAUAUCUUGUGGACUUGAACAUUAAGUUCCUGAAGAUGAGAAACGAGAUGGGGGAGGAGGAGUUUGAAAGGAUGGACCACAACGAGAAGCUUAUCAGGGCCAAGGAGAUGGAGUCGCUUACCAGGAUCACCUUUGUGACGCCGUCCUCGCUGAACAACAAAUAUGUUGGAGAGACAGAAAAGAACAUCCGCAGCUUGUUUCAAAGUGCAAACGAUGGCAAGUACUGGGCCAGCUUUGUGUUCAUUGAUGAGGUGGAUGUGUUUUUCUCCAAAAGGUCUGACAGAUCGCAAGACUACACGCUGAAGGCGCAGACGGAGUUUCUGAAUACGAUUGGGGGAGCAUGCGACAAGGUGAACAGCACUGUGUUUCUCUUUGGAGCCACUAACCUGUACGACACCCUUGACGAUGCCUUUAAGCGCAGGUUCUCUGGGGUUUAUGAGUUUUCCCCGCCAAGUGAUGAGGAGAGGCUCGAGAUUCUUGAGCAAUACCUCGGGGACUGUAAGAAGGAAAUAACAAGCAGAUACGCUGACCUAGUCAGACUUACCAGCGGGAUGGUGCAGUCUAGGAUUGUAGACAUCCUGAAGAAGAUAUCGUUCUCAAACGACGGGAGUAUGGAGGGGAUUGACUGGAAGGAUUUGAGGAAGGCUUUUGAGGAUGCAGAUCCGAAGAAGAAGGGAACAGAUGGAAGCGACGUUAACGUGGUGGAGUCCCUGAAGAAGUUCUAUUUCCUGGAGCCAAAGCCAAAGCCAAAGAAGAGGGACAUUGAGAUAUUGAUUAGUGAACGAUAA